AAAAAAGGUAAGAACACAGGUCAGCGAGUUGGACUCAGGCUUAGGGAGAAUCGUUUAAGAAAACGCAAAGACGAAGAAAUUGGUAGCUAGCUUACACAGAGAGAGCAGAGAGAGAGACUAGAAGAAGAAGAAGAUUGGGAUUUUCAUUUUCUAUAAUGGAAGGUAAAUCUCCAGACCUGGAAUCCAUCGGGUCUGGUACAACUACAAAACGAUCAAGCGUUUCAUCAGGAAGCCGAUCUCGUAUACGUCGAGAAUUCCUCAGCAGAUUCACCGACGGUGAACAUUUCACGGAAAAGCUCGAAGAUUGGUUUGGUUUAGUGUUGGAAAACUCAGGGACCAAUGGACCGGUCUUUGAGGUUCCUUUUGAGUUAGUCGAGCUACAAAAGUUUGACUACGCAUUAGAAGGAAUCUCUUUCCAGCAGCUAACUCGAAUGCCAAACGCUGUUUAUGCUUCAACAUCUAAUGCCGUGGAGGCAAACGCGUAUCUAGCGAUAGAGGAUUUCUUACACGCUACGGUUAAGAGCUUGUGGGAAGCAUUUUGGAGUCAGGACGAGCCAGUUCCUUUCUCUGUUGGUUGUCUGUACAAUCAGAAUCUGAAGUUUUAUCAAGCAGAGAAAGCUUUAGCUAUUGGGAAGCUUGAAGGUCUUUCUGCAACAGGUGUUUUGCUGAAAAACCCUCGACACCCACACGGGAAGUGGGAUCACAUUCUUGAACUUGCUCUUCUAAGGCCUGAUAUUGGAAGCUUUGCACUGGAGAGUGAUCACACGCCUUCUUUACCUGUCUUAGGAGAAGCUCUUUUCUAUGCUCUCCGCAUACUCAUCUCAAGAAGUGUGAGCCGUUUAGAUUUCUCUCAAAGCUCAAACUGUGUCUUCAUUCUUCUCGUUGAUUCACAAUAUGGUGGCGUUGUAAAAGUUGAAGGGGAUGUGAAUAAACUGGAUUUCGACGUUAAUAACGUUUAUGACUGCGCGGCGGAUUGGAUAAAGAAGCAUUCCAAGAUCGCUGUGUCACCAGUUGAUAGGAUAUGGAAUAAGCUGGGAAAUGCUAACUGGGGAGAUAUUGGUGCUUUGCAAGUAGUCUUUGCCACUUACCACAGUAUAAUGCAGUACUUUGGUCCACCAAGGCACUCCAUCGAAGACUUGGCUGCUGACCAUAGUUCUCGCCUUCACUCAAGACGACAGGAGAGGCAGUUAGGGGAUACUAGUCUCAGUGAAAACGGCAUGUUUAGAUUCCAGCAAAGAACUAUGUCUCCUGAAAUUGUCGAAGUUCAAGAAGAAUCAACCAAAAUUGAGCAAGAAACGUCGAUGAAACUGGAAGUUGGAUCGGUUCUGUGGUUGGAGGAUUCAAACUAUCAAAAUGGCUAUCAGAUUAACGAAGUGUUGAGUAAUGGUACACUCCCUUAUCACAUAGCGUCACCAGUGGACGAUGCAGGAAAGUCUGUGUUUCUGUAUGUUGGUUCUCCUCCUUCACAGCUUGAGCCAGCUUGGGAAGACAUGAACUUGUGGUAUCAGGUACAGAGACAAACUAAAAUAUUAAGUAUUAUGAAACAGAGAGGACUUUCUAGCAAGUACUUGCCACAGCUCCAUGGGUCUGGUCGGAUCAUUCACCCUGGCCAAUGUCAAAAGCCAAGUUCAGGUGGACGGUGUGAUCAUCCUUGGUGUGGAACUCCUAUUCUUGUGACCACUCCCGUUGGCGAGACAGUAGCAGAUUUGGUAAACGAGGGCCGGUUUGGUCCAGAAGAAGCUAUUCGUUGUUGCCAUGAUUGCUUAUCUGCGCUUUCUUCCUCUUCUUCAGCUGGAAUUCGUCAUGGUGAUAUCCGACCAGAAAACGUAGUUUAUGUCACUUCUGGUGUGAGACAUCCUUACUUUGUACUAAUUGGUUGGGGCCACGCGGUGCUUGAGGAUAGAGAUCGGCCUGCAAUGAAUCUUCACUUCUCCUCGACUUACGCACUCCAGGAAGGCAAACUUUGUGCUGCCUCAGAUGCAGAGAGCUUGAUUUACAUGCUUUAUUUCUGUUCUGGAGACUUCCCUGAUUUGGAUUCAGUUGAAGGAGCUCUUCAAUGGAGAGAAACCUCUUGGUCCAAGAGAUUGAUUCAGCAGAAGCUAGGUGACGUCUCGACCGUUUUAAAGGCGUUUUCUGACUACGUUGACAGUCUAUGUGGGACACCAUAUCCUUUGGAUUACGAGAUUUGGUUGAGAAGAUUGAAGAGGAAUCUUUCAGAAGAUCACGGGAAAGAAAUUGAAACUUCAGGCUAAACUCUUUAUUCAAGAAAAUGGGGGAUUUUGUUCAUCAGUCAAGCCACCAAGUAAUGGAGGUCCUUAUAUAAUAAACAUUCGAUUCCUUUUGAACAUUCUUUCAGGUGCUCUCUGCUUAACCUGUCCGAGACUGGAAAGCUUCACGAUGAGAUGUAUCCUUCGGUUUUGGCAUGUCUGAAAAAAUUUGGGACCUUGUUCUGUUCUUGUACAGGAUCUUUGGAAUGGAUUAGAUUCUGUGGUUUCUCUUUGCUGUUAAUGUUCUGUUCCUUUCCUUCAUUAUGAUUACUUUCUUGAGAGUGAUUCUCUAUCAUUUUAUUGUAGUGAGUAUUGUAAAGGUGAGAGCUUUUGUUCCCAUUUUGACUUGUGUGUUUCAUUUUCUGUGUUAACCUAAAUCCAACAUUGAUUAUUUUCACGUA